AUGAACAGUAAUUCACGAGGUUCACACAGUCACGUUUUCCAAAAUCCUUGUAUAAUAAAAUUGCCCAAAGAUAAAGGUUGUAAAAGGAAAGCGCGGUCGGGUUUGAAAGUCAGUCACUUUUUUCAACAUAAUAAACACGACAUUAUGAAAAAGAAAAGAUCUGUUGCUACCGAAUUAGUUCAACGUGCUUCAUCCAUAUUGCCAGCAUUUACUGAUAUAUUUGAUGAAGAAACAUUUUAUAUAUUUUUUAUUUGUCUUGUUAUUUUCUCAUUUAUUAUAGCAUUUAGUAUAGCGAAAUAUUUUGAUAUAACAAUUAAUGAUGCAGAUCAUUUAAAAUUAACUAAACGACAAAAAUUAAAACGACACUAUUCAAUGAAUCAACAAAAAUGA